GUUUGGAAGAUUGCGUGAUCGAGUCUGCCCCGCACAUCAUGCGCCCUCGACCUGUUGAAUCUAACCUCCUUUCUGUACCAAAAUGCACUCAUACUGAACCCAAACACCACAACAGUAUCGGUAUUACUAUCUGAGAAUCUCUAGAGAUGUGCUUCAUCGAGGUUCCUGUCGUGACUUCGCCAUUUGCGAAUCUCACUCCCAUUUAUGAGGUCGACCCGGAUGCCGAUGUGUUGCUCAUUGUUUCCGGGCAGCCACCCAACCACUGGCAGGCUUUGGCACCGCAAGAUGGGCUCGGGAUACGGUUCAACGUAGCCGAUGACCAAGUCAAACCUCGAAAUGUCACAACGUCUGUCGCUCAAUCGGGUCUGCGCAUCAAGGUCUCCUCGAGACAUCUCGCUCUCGCAUCGCGCGUCUUCAAGAACAAGCUGCAGUUCGGCACCGGAAAAGGCGCGCGGCAGUCAGAUGGCCGAAUCCAUCUCAAGUUGACCGAGGAAUUCGACUCCAAGGCUGUCAGCAUUGUGAUGAACGUAAUCCACAGCCGCGGAUCCAAAGUCCCCAAGGCCGUGGACCUCGAAACACUCGCACAAAUCGCCCUUGUCGUCGACCGCUUCCAGCUGUUCGACGCGGUCGAGGUGUACGCCGACAGGUGGAUCACCAACCUCGAGAGCAGCAGCCCCGACACCAUCGACCGCGACCCCAUCCCCUGGAUCUACAUCAGCCACAUUUUCCGGCACGCGACCAUCUUCCAAACCGCCACCAAACUUGCCGCCGCCCAAUCCACCGGCCCCAUCCCAACCCACGGCCUGCCCAUCCGCGAGAAGAUCAUCCAACACAUCGACACCACCCGCCAAGCCCUCCUCACCCGCACCCUCACCCACCUCCACCACGCCCUUGACACCCUCGCCUCCCCGCCACCAUCCCCCUCCCCAUCCCCCAGCACCACCACCAGCACCACCACCACCACGACGGCCCCCCUCCUCCUCGGCGAACUAAUCCAGUCCCUGCACCCGCACCGCCUCGCCUGGCCGUGCCCGACCGCACCCUUCACCGGCAUCAGCUUCGCCGCCGUCGCGACGGCUGUGGAGGCCGGGCUGGUGGGACAUCGCGGGCGGGAGCGGGUUGCGAGGGAGAGGAGGAGGGAAAAGGCUGCGGCGGGGGUGAAGGUGGAGGUGGAGCCGUGGUAUAUGAAGGGGGUUGGUGGGAAUCAAAGGGGGGAUGGGAAUGGGAAUGGUGGUGGUGGGAAUGGUGGGGAGGGGCCGCGGCCGGGGUGGGGGGUGGUGGGGGGGAUUUUCCCGAUUACGCCGGUGGCGUCGCCGGAGCCGAGGUUUGGGGGUGGGGGAUUUGGGGGGCGUGGGGACGGGGAGGGGGAUCAUGUGGAGGAUGCCGGGGAGUUGAGGGGGGUUGUGGAUGGGUUGGAGGGGCUGAUGCGGUUCGGCGGUGAGGUGGAGGGGUUGGUGUUGGAGGGGAGGCUGGGGUAUUUGCUGUAUUGAUGUGAGUGUCCGGGAGGGUUGUGGGGUCGUUUAUGGUUAAGAUGUGAGGGGGGCUGUGACAGAAAAGUGUAGUGUACUUACCUGGUGAUUGGGAAGAGAGCCGAUGCGGUGUUGGAAACAAAGGGUGUUAUUGUGAGUCCAUAGGACGGCCGUUUUUUGUUUAGCCUCCGAAGUCUUCUGUUUUAUCUGUUUUAGCUAGUCCGUAGCAACCUCCGUUAAGCAUCCGUCAUCUCAACCAACAUUACAUAUUAAGGAACGAGUAAUUAG